UUUAGUCCUCUCGUCAAAACCAAAGUCCCCAAGCCUGAGGUCUCCAUUCUGUUUUCCUACUUCCAAUCUGAAUCUCCAGAAGAAUACUCAGAUCUCAAUUUCCUCUGCAAUUCAGGUAUAAAUAAAAAAUGGGUGAACCAAAGAAGCAGCAGCCAGUUUUCACUAAGGUUGAUCAGCUUAGACCAAUGGGUGCAGGCCUAAAUCUUACAGUGAAGGUGGUUAAUACAAAAAUGGUAGUGCCAAGGGGAAAUCAAAGCCGCCAGAUGCGACUAGCUGAAUGCUUGGUUGGUGAUGAAACUGGAAUGAUCAUUUUCACUGCUAGAAAUGAUCAAGUUGACAUGAUGACAGAAGGUGCUACUGUAAUUUUGCGCAAUGCCAAAAUUGACAUGUUCAAAGGAUCGAUGAGACUUGCAGUGGACAGAUGGGGACGUAUUGAAGUUACUGAACCUGCUAGUUUCUCUGUCAAGGAAGACAACAAUCUGUCCCUUAUUGAGUUUGAACAAGUGACUGUUGUUGAACAGUGAUUCGAGGCAGCCAUAACAACGGUAAUGCCGUUAGAGAGAAGCAAUAUAAGUAAGUUUCGUUCUUUAGGGGCACGAAUAUCAGUUGAGGGAAAACUACUUAGUUGUUUAGUCAGAAAGCUUUUUGUAGUUGAGGUGACUGGUCCAAAUGUUUUGUAGAUAGCAAGUCAUGUAGCUGCAAUAAACCGUAGUACAACUUGCUCGUUUUUUUUUUUGUUGGAGGAUUGGUUUUCAAAGUAUUAUGCACCUUCGUUUUGUUUUUUUGUAGCCACCACAGAACUUUAGUAUAUUUGCUUAUAACUUUUCUUUCCC